AUGGCUGUUAAUAGGAUAAGGGGGGCCUUUACGGCUCCACGGAAGGGCGAGACGUUCGAGCUGAGAGCUGGAUUAGUAUCGCAAUAUGCAUACGAGAGGAAGGAAUCGAUUCAGAAGACGAUUAUGGCCAUGACCCUGGGCAAAGACGUCUCCUCGCUUUUCCCCGAUGUCCUCAAAAAUAUAGCCACCGCGGAUCUUGACCAGAAGAAGCUCGUCUACCUCUAUCUGAUGAACUAUGCCAAAUCGCACCCUGACCUUUGCAUUCUCGCCGUCAAUACCUUCGUUCAAGAUACAGAGGAUCCAAAUCCUUUGAUUCGAGCCCUCGCCAUACGGACGAUGGGCUGCAUCAGAGUGGAGAAAAUUGUAGAUUAUAUGGAAGAACCACUGCGCAAAACAUUGCGAGAUGAGUCUCCUUAUGUUCGAAAGACCGCUGCCAUAUGCGUUGCGAAGCUAUUUGAUCUCAAUCCCGCCCUCUGCCUCGAGAACGGUUUCCUUGAAGCACUCCAAGAAAUGAUCGGUGAUCCGAACCCGAUGGUAGUUGCAAAUUCGGUGACUGCCCUUGCUGAGAUCAGCGAAACGGCACCGGAAACCAAGGCUCUGCAGAUUACCCCAAACACACUCCGGAAGAUGCUCAUGGCCCUGAAUGAGUGUACUGAAUGGGGCCGAGUCUCAGUUCUCACCAAUCUUGCCAAUUAUACCCCGAAGGACCAAAAGGAAUCUGAGAACAUAUGCGAACGAGUUGUACCUCAAUUCCAACAUAUAAAUGCCAGUGUUGUCCUCGCAGCGGUCAAAGUUGUCUUUUUACACAUGAAGUACAUAAACCCCGAUAUUGCCAAAUCUUAUCUCAAGAAAAUGGCACCUCCCCUAGUUACACUUGUGUCGUCUGCCCCAGAAGUCCAGUACGUUGCGCUGAGGAAUAUCGACCUUCUCUUACAGAGCCAACCAAAUAUCCUAGACAAAGAGCUUAGGGUAUUCUUUUGCAAAUAUAACGACCCACCCUACCUUAAGUUUCAAAAACUCGAAAUCAUGGUUCGAAUUGCGAACGACAGAAACGUGGACCAGCUUUUAGCCGAGCUCAAGGAGUAUGCUCUAGACGUUGAUAUGGACUUUGUUCGUCGUGCAGUCAGAGCAAUUGGACAAACGGCCAUCAAAAUUGAACUAACUGCAGAGAAAUGUGUGGCUACCCUCCUAGAUUUAAUUAACACCAAGGUUAAUUACGUGGUCCAGGAGGCCAUUGUAGUGAUCAAAGAUAUAUUCCGAAAAUAUCCCGGAUAUGAAGGAAUUAUCCCUACACUUUGCCAGUGUAUCGAUGAGCUUGACGAGCCAGAUGCCAGGGGUGCGUUGAUAUGGAUUGUGGGAGAGUAUGCGGAAAAAAUUAGCAACGCUGGUGAUAUCCUGGCUAGCUUUGUGGAUGGCUUUAACGAAGAGUUCACCCAGACACAGUUGCAGAUCUUGACGGCAGUGGUCAAAUUGUUCCUUAAGCGUCCAGACAAGGCCCAAGGUUUGGUACAGAAGGUUUUGAAGGCAGCAACAGAAGAGAACGACAACCCAGAUAUCCGAGAUCGAGCAUAUGUUUAUUGGCGACUUCUUUCGAACACUAAUGAUCCAAAUGCUCCCAAGAAUGUGGUCCUUUCCGAGAAGCCCCCAAUUGUUACCACCAUCCACUCUCUUCCUCCCAACCUUCUCGAACAACUUCUCGGCGAGCUAUCCACGCUAGCUUCAGUCUACCACAAGCCCCCGGAGCAGUUUGUCGGACAGGGCAAAUAUGGCGCAGAUGCUGUUCAGAAAGCGGCUAUUGAGGAACAACUUCAAAAUGCCCGAGAGAACCCUCUGGCAGCAGCGGCGGCGGCGGCAGCAGUCUCUGGCACUGCACCUCCUCAGAUGCAGAAUAAUAUUGAGAAUCUACUAGACAUUGAUUUUGACGGAACGGCUCCUGCGUCUGCUCAGGGAGAACCACCUGCUGGCAUGUCCGGCCUGGAAGGGCUAGCUGGUACACCAAUGAGGGUCGCAUCGCCGACAAAUGCAGGCCCUCCGCAGUCAAGUAAUAACUUAGAGGAUCUCAUGGGAGUUUUCGGGAGCAACCCGUCGCCUUCUAACUCAGGCGAAACGAACUCUGGAAGCGGAAACAUGGGCGGGAAUGAUUUGAUGAACGGCCUCGCAGGACUUGACCUUUCUGGAUCCACAGCUUCUCCUGCACCCGCUUCGACGCAAAGUCAAGGCGUACAGAAGAAAAGCAAUUCUGAGCUUUUGGACUUAUUUUGA